CUGUUACUGGAAAACAAGAGGGUGGUUUAAUCACACUGCAGAUGAAGAAAAUGCACAAUCUCCUCACAAUCAGAGAAGAAACGAGGGAGAUACCUAAUAUCUCUGAAUUAAUACCAUAUUGGGAUCUGAUGGAUUCAUUCUUCACAAACGGCUCUGACGGAAACUGGAGUCUUAAGCUUUUCGUAGGUGGAUUUUAUGUAGUGAAUGAGACUAAGCUGGGUGUGUUCACAACUGAUACUGCUGCAGAAGUUCUGACCAGCAGCCUUACCAAAGUCUUCCUCCCUGUCAUCUACAUCAUCGUCUUCAUUUUGGGGUUAUUCACCAACAGCAUGGCCGUCUGGGUGUUCCUCUUCAGAACAAAGAAGAAGCAUCCAGCGUCCAUCCUGAUGACCAACCUCGCACUGGCUGACCUGCUCUUCAUCGUCUGGCUCCCACUGAAGAUCCACUACCACUUCAACAACAACAACUGGAUCUUUGGGGAACCACUGUGUAAAGUUCUAGUGGGCUUUUUCUAUGGGAACAUGUACUGCUCCACUAUCUUCAUAGCCAUCAUCAGCGUUCAGCGCUACUGGGCAGUUACACACCCACACUCUCACAAACUGACCAAUCAGGUAGCAGUGUGUGUAUCUGUGUGUGUGUGGAUUGUGGUCUGGCUCCUCACCACCCCACUCUACCUGUAUGACCAGACUGUCAAAGUCGCCAACCUCAACAUCACCACCUGCCAUGACACAAUACGCCUCAGUCAAAAUUAUAUUCCUGUUGGAUAUUUCUUAAGCAUGGGCACUGUGGGAUAUGUAGUUCCCUGUGUGGUGUGUGUAGUAGCAUAUCUGCUGACGUUUCGCUCUCUCAGGAGGUCCAGAACUGCUUCCAGCAGCAAUAAUAAAAAGAAGAAGGCGAUUAUCCUUAUGGUCAUUGUGCUGGUGAUGUUUCUGGUGUGUUUCACUCCCAGUAACGUCCUGCUGAUGGUUCACUACUCUCUCCUGGGUGCAGAGAUUCAGAAUGAAGCCUACAGCUUCUACAUUGUUGCGCUGUGUCUGGGCAGCCUAAACAGCUGUCUGGACCCGUUUGUGUAUUAUUUGAUCUCAUCAGAGUUCAGACAGAAUUUGAAGAACAUGCUGAAGUGUUGUAGUGAACGCUCUGCCCAGCAGGAGAGGAUUUCCUUCACUCCUAAGAAAGCUUCCUCUUCAGAAACCACAACAUCUCCAACACGCACAACAGCAAAGCUGGAUCAUUAAGUACAUUAUGGUUUGUUCAGUUUGCUGGUUAAAUCAGAUUAAUUCCAGGCACUGAGUGGUCCAGUAGUCUAAAAGCACUGCCACUAUGAAUAGGAGAUUGUUGGUUCUGAAUCCCAGUCAUGCAGCUUGCCAUCAGCCACCGGAGCCCUGAGAGAGCACAAUUGGCCUUGCUCUCUCUGGGUGGGUAGAUGGCGCUUUUUCCUUGUUUACUUAGGCGCUUCCCCCAGCUUCCCCAUUAGAAAGGAAACAUGGUGACACCUGUGCUCACUUUAAUGUAUUGCUUAUUAUAACUUAUGUAUGAAAAUAGACCAGAAAAUAGACGUUCAUUGAUAGUUCGUCUUAUAAUCAGGUGUAAUUUAUAGUCUGAAAAAUAAGAUAAUAUAGGUGCGGCU